AUGUCUUCAUCAGGAAUGGGAAAUUCUUUAUCACAAAUACCCGAGGAAUCACGUGACUCACUUCAAUUUAUAAAUUUCACAUCACAAACGAAUAAUCAACAAAACAAGCAAUCCUUUUCAAUAAGAUCAAGGCCUGCACCAACCAAACGUAAAUCUAAAGGUGCACUUGAUUUUAUACUUAAUACAUCGGGAUCAGGCGAAUCUAGUCAAAAACGUUCAAAAUUUGAUGAAAAUAAUAGUGCUUCCACUGAUGAGAUGAAAUUUGAAUUUCGUUUAAAAAUUAGGUGGAUCGAAGAAAGCUUAGUGACGACCCGAAUCCUAAGCAUGAGAAGUAUAAAGAAGCCUUGCGUAAACUUUUUGACGAAUUGGAAACGCGCAUUGCAACAAACCACUUCGACGUAUCGUACGAGGCCACAAAAAGCAUAUCAAAUAAAGAUAGUACCUGAGAAGUUGGUCGAGGGCAAAAAUGGUCGUGGAAAUCUUGACUGUGGUGUUGAAUCGCGUACAACUGGGAGAACGAUUGGCUU